CCCGCUUUUGUCUCCGUGCGCGUCGGAGCACACCGAGAAGGCCGCCACCACCGCCAGAAUCCUCCGCCGCGUCCCGGUCGUGUUGAAUCACUUUCGGCAAUUGAGCGCCUGCCAGGGUGGGCUGCACCCGGAUCUUUUCUUUCAGUCGACUGCACCCCCCUUCAAGUCGGUCAGGAUAUGGCGCCCUCGACUUUGAAAAGGGUCUUUGCUUUCCUCGCCCUUGCCACGAUCGGCAGCACCAUCACCGUCUCGGACUCCACAAAUGGCCAUUCCGGAAUUGACGCCCUGGCCACGGCGCCGUUCCCGAGUGCCGCGGCGCGCAGACACAGGACGGCCCGCCGACGAAUCGAACCAUGGAAUGGGCCAUCGGAGCCCAUGUCGGGAUUGGUGGCGCUCGGCUGUGUGCAGGUUCCCGCUCUCGGCAGGGCUGAGAUGUCCGAUUCUCACAUGACGCCGCAGGUCUGUCGGGAACGCUGCGCCGCAGCGGCAGAGGGUGCUGCGUUUGGAAUCGCGGCCGCGACGGAGUGUUACUGUACCGUCGACGUCGCCCUCCCCGCGGCCGUGACGGAUGUGGAACCGUCGUGCGCGCUGCCAGGCUGUCCCGACGACAGGCGCCUGUCCUGUGGGGGCGAGGCGGGGAUGAUGAUGGUCUAUGCGGUGACGGACGCUGAGGCUCCGGGCUCGGGACGCACAGAGGGACUUUUGUUAUCCGAGGCCCGGGGGCGCCACGAGAGCGAGAACGAGGGGGAACGCGUGGAGCUGAGGGCAGCGUCGCCUGAAGGGUUCCCCGACGAUGGUGAAGAGGAUGGUGAUGAAGACGACGACGACCACGAGCCGUCGUCGGCGCCUGGCGGUGUUCACCUUGGCACGACGGCGACGAUAGGGAUCGCCGUGGGCGCAGUUGCGCUGUCGGGCGUCAUCACAGGUAUCGUCAUGCUGCUGGCCUAUGCCGUCUAUGCCAGCGCCGCUUUCGACCGAUCGAGGGCCUAG